UUAAGCACCACCUCACCUCAUUACCCGCGCUUUCCGCCCGGCAAUUACACCAAGAAAAGGAGCAAAAGGAAAAAAAAAGUCUCUUUAUCGGAGGCGUAACAUCUACUUCUGCUGCUGCUGCAUCCAAGGUGUUUGGUGCCAGUGCUCGAGGACUGGAGAUGGAGACCCAGGAGGCGAAGAGAGCAGAUGUGGCGGCGGCGCCGGCGACGGCGACCGGCGGUGAGGCCGUCAAACCGGCCGCCGGCGAUGCUGGCGCAGUAACCAAGACGAAUGCAGCAGAUGGACCUUCAGCACCAGCAGGCAAAGCUGCAACUCCAACGGGUUCGGUUGACAGAGACGCCAUACUCGCAAACGUGGAGCUGGAGAGGAAACUGUCAAUGAUCAAGGCGUGGGAGGAGAGCGAGAAGAGCAAAGCGGAGAACAAGGCUCAGAAGAAGAUGUCAUCCAUACUCUCAUGGGAGAACACGAGGAAGGCAGCUAUAGAAGCAAAACUGCGAACACAAGAGGAGAAGCUGGAGAGGAAGAAGGCGGAGUACGCGGAGAAGAUGAGGAACCAGGUAGCGGCGAUCCACAAGGCGGCGGAGGAGAAGAGGGCGACGGUGGAGGCGACGCGGCACGAGGAGAUAAUCAAGUAUGAGGAGAUGGCCGCCAAGCACAGGUCCAAGGGGACUACACCCACCAAAUUCCUCUCUUGUUUCGGCUCCUAGAACCACAAAAAACGCUCCUGCAGUGCAGUCUCCUGUCCUGUGUGCUGAUGCUUCUGUGUGUUGAUAUGGUGAUCAGUUUGCAGUUUUGGGCUUGUUUCUCUUCUUUAAUCUUCUGUGUUGAAGUUCCGGAUUUCAUGGCUCUGUCAUGCUGCUGCUGUGUUUUCCUUUUCGCUGAAGAUGUGAUCAUCAUGUUUGGUGAGUGUAAGCAUACUCAAAACACUUGUAAACAGUCAGUCACAUGUAAACAUACCACCUUUUUUGUGAAUUUUGCGCUUCCAGAGAUUAAGAAAAAAAGCGUGCCAAUUUGUUUUGUU